CGCGCUGGUUGUAGUGUCAUCAUCAUCACCAUCCCAGAAGUUGCUUAGUCUGUGCUUGGUACCCCGAGCUGCUGCUGGACAAACGUGUAGCCAUUGUCAAGCAAGGACACCCCGGGAGACACUCUCUCACAGCCGAACCGAGCCUCCACUGGACACAGCUGAACUACCGACUACAACCCCGGUUUUAAGUCCUGAUCUCAGCGCGCCUGGUACGGCCUCUUCUUCUCCUCUAAGCCCAGCUGUCCUCCACUCUUCUUCUUCCUCUUCUCCUCGUGAGCAGACAUGCCUCCAGCGCUGGGUGGGCCCGUGGGGUACACCCCUCCUGAAGGGGGCUGGGGCUGGGCGGUUGUAGUGGGGGCCUUCAUCUCCAUCGGCUUCUCCUACGCCUUCCCCAAAUCCAUCACGGUGUUCUUCAAAGAGAUCGAGGUCAUCUUCGAUGCCACGCCCAGUCAGGUGUCCUGGAUCUCCUCCAUCAUGCUGGCUGUCAUGUAUGCUGGAGGUCCAAUCAGCAGCAUCCUUGUGAACAAAUUUGGUAGUCGGCCAAUCAUCUUACUCGGUGGCUGUCUGUCGGGGUCGGGACUCAUCGCGGCCUCCUUCUGCAACACUGUGGAGCAGCUGUACUUCUUCAUUGGCGUAGUGGGAGGUUUGGGACUGGCCUUCAACUUGAAUCCAGCCCUCACCAUGAUCGGUAAAUACUUCUACAAGCGACGGCCCAUUGCCAACGGCAUCGCUAUGGCAGGCAGCCCCGUGUUUCUGUCCACCCUGGCUCCUCUCAACUCCUGGAUGUACGAUAAGUUUGGCUGGAGAGGCAGCUUCCUCAUCCUGGGAGGCCUUCUGUUCAACUGCUGCGUGGCCGGCUCCCUCAUGCGCCCCAUCGGACCCAAAUCCCAGCCGGCCAAGCCCGACUCGGAGGCGGGGGAGGGCAAGGCGGUGGAUCCAGUGCAGCCACAGCCUAAGAAGACCGCCCUGCAGACCAUCAACUCCUUCAUCGACCUGACGCUCUUCAAACACCGCGGCUUCCUGCUCUACCUGAUGGGCAACGUUGUCAUGUUCUUCGGCCUCUUUGCUCCGCUCGUCUUCCUCUCCAAUUAUGCCAAGAGCAAGGACAUCAGCAAAGAAAAGGCCGCCUUCCUGCUCUCGGUGCUGGCGUUCGUUGACAUGGUUGCCCGGCCCUCUAUGGGCAUGCUGGCCAACACCAGAUGGGUCCGGCCUAGGAUUCAGUACUUUUUCGCCGCUGCCGUCCUCUACAACGGACUGUGUCACGUGCUGGCGCCGCUGUCCGUGGACUACACUGGAUUUGUGGUGUACGCCAUCUUCUUUGGUUUUGCGUUUGGCUGGCUGAGUUCGGUGUUAUUCGAGACGCUGAUGGACCUGGUGGGAUCUCAGAGGUUCUCCUCGGCCGUGGGUCUGGUCACCAUAGUGGAGUGUGGGCCGGUGCUGUUGGGCCCACCGCUGACAGGUAGUUUCUACAGCUACUACGGCAACUACGACUACACCUACAUCUCCUCUGGCAUCCUCCUCAUGGUCGCAAGUGUGAUGCUCUUCGUAGGAAUGGGCAUCAACUACCGCCUGUUGGCGCGAGAGAAGAAAGACGAGGAGAAAAUGGAAAAGGAGGGCAAGGAAGAGGCCGCCGCCAUGUUGGCGCCUCCCUCUCCGUCAAAAUCCGACUCGGGGCGGGAGAACGACGUGAAGGCCGUCUCACUGGAUGACGUCGCCAAGAUGGACGAAGACACGGUGUAGAAAACUUCAAAA